AUGAAAGAUGGAGAAUCAGUGGAAGAAAUAUUCUCCAGGUUCAGUAAAAUCCUUGAAGAUUUAAAGUCUCUUGGUAGACCAAUCAAAAGUGGAGAACAGCCAAAUUCAACAAGAAAGAAGAAAACGGUUUCCUUUAAAGCAACUAUUGCUGAAUCAGAAAAUGAAGAAGAGGAGGAAGAACAUGAUGAAAAUAUAGCCAUGCUCUCCCAAAUUGUCACAAGCAUGAUGGGGAAAAACAGAUAUAGCAGAAGAGGUAGAUCAAACUUCAGAAAAGGAAGGACGAGCAAUGAAAAUGAUAAAAAUGAUGGAAGAUGCUAUGAAUGUGGAAAAUACGGACACAUUCAAGCUGAUUGUCCAGAACUGAAAAAAAAACUAAGCAAGAACUUUCAAAAGAAGAAGUCUUGUGGAGCCUGUAGCGAUGAAGAAGAAUAUGACCAUGAAGAAAUUGCAAAUAUGUGUUUCAUGGUCACAAAAGAAGAUAGCAAUAAAGACUCAGAUAAGCCUGAGCUCAUGGCAGAAAAUGAAGCAGAUGAGGAAGAAGACUCCGACGAACUCUGUUUUAUGGCAGACAAAGGAACCAGUGAGGUACGUCUUCCUUCGUAUCCCAACUGGUAUGAGCUUCAAGAUUUUGUGGAUAUUGCUCUUACAGAAAUCGAAAAAGUUUUAGGAGAACUCAGAAAAAUCCAAAGAGAAAAGAAAGAUUGGGCCCUGAAGUUAGAAGUAUGUGAAAUUGAGCGUGACACGCUUCAAGAUGAAGUUAAUGAACUUAAACUUCAACUGAAUGGAUUACUAAAAUCCACAAGUCAUAGUUCUGUCAAAUCAAAUCAGACUGUUCCUCAUACAUCUUUGAUUAGAACUAGAAACUCUCUGGGAUGCUCUUAUUGUGGUAAUAAUGGUCACAACACUAACCAGAUCAAAGACAACAGCAGAUGGGUAUGGCGACCUAAAUCCAUUAGUCAAGCUAACACUCAGAAGUCUAACCAUUCAGGACCCAAACAGGCUUGCAUACCUAAAAAUAAACUAGAUGGAGGAACAGUUACAUUUGGAGACAAAUCAAAAGGAAAUGUAAUUGGCGUUGAAAAAGUUUCUCUCAGCUCAACAUGUGAUGUAGAUGAAGUGUAUCUGGUUGAAGAACUUGGGUACAAUCUUCUCAGCAUUAGUCAACUAUGUGAUGAUGACUAUGAGAAUUUUCUUACAUCUUCAUCUCAAGCCUCCAACUUCCUUUCUUCCUCUAUUUCUCCUCCAUUUUUCAAAGAAAUGGCAAAGACCUCAAAAACCGUUCCCCAAAAAGAAACACAUUCUGCUUCGCGCCUGGCAACUAAGGCAAAAGAAACUGUUUCGCGUACUGGCGUCGAUGAACCAGCACAGGAACCCCCUUUGAAAAUGUUCACCCUCGAAGGAUGA